GUACAGCUCUCUCUUCUACUCCAGGGUUUUACUCUCCUAUUUUGUGUGUUUUUUUCCAGUCAGCAGAGCGAAUGACUGCAAUCACACUGACGGACUGGAUUAUCUGUCAUUCUAAGAGAUCCACCUUCACGGGCACACACACAUCUGGGAAGUCUCUGGACACCUAAGGAGAAGGACAGAGGCUUCUGUUUCCCUUUGUGGAAGACCUCUUGACUCCUGUACUGCUCUUCGGUGCCAUGAACAAGAUGAAGAACUUUAAGCGACGUUUCUCUCUGUCAGUCCCUCGCACAGAGACCAUUGAGGAGAAUGAGUUUACUGAGCAAAUCAACCAGCUCAACAUUCAACACACUUGUGCACUGACCUCUGCUAGCCUGACCCUGCCAUCACUGCACCCUGAGGGGAGUCCCAACAGCCCGGUUAGCCCUGAGCCAGGCAUGCCAGGAGCACCGUCCCCCUCCCAGCUCCAGUACCGCAGCAAAGCCCCUCACAGACGCUUCUCUAUGGAGGACGUGACUAAGCGUAUGUCUCUGCCGAUGGACAUUCGCCUGCCUCCAGAGUUCCUAAAGAAGCUGCAAAUGGAGAGUGAGAUGGAGAGUGAGAGCAACUCUUCUCCCUGCAAACCCCUCAGCCGCAUGUCCAGGAGGGCUUCACUGUCUGACAUUGGCUUUGGGAAGCUGGAGACUUAUGUGAAACUGGGUAAACUGGGAGAGGGGACGUAUGCCACCGUUUUUAAGGGGCGGAGCAAACUGACAGAGAAUCUUGUGGCACUGAAAGAAAUUAGGCUAGAGCACGAGGAGGGUGCACCCUGUACUGCUAUCAGAGAAGUGUCUCUUCUGAAGAACCUAAAACACGCCAACAUUGUCACGCUGCAUGACAUCAUACACACCGAACGCUCCCUCACGCUGGUCUUUGAGUACUUGGACAGUGAUCUGAAACAAUACCUAGACAACUGUGGAAACCUCAUGAGCAUGAACAACGUCAAGAUCUUCAUGUUCCAGUUGUUACGUGGUCUGUCCUACUGCCAUAAGAGGAAGAUCCUUCACAGAGACCUCAAACCGCAGAACCUGCUCAUCAAUGACAAGGGAGAACUCAAACUUGCCGACUUUGGUCUGGCCAGGGCCAAGUCUGUACCAACGAAGACCUACUCCAACGAAGUGGUGACUCUUUGGUACCGCCCCCCUGAAGUACUGCUUGGUACCACAGAGUACUCUACGCCCAUUGACAUGUGGGGCGUGGGCUGUAUUCUGUUUGAGAUGGCGACGGGUCGGCCCAUGUUCCCAGGCUCCACGGUCAAGGAGGAACUGCACUUGGUCUUCAGACUCCUUGGUACCCCAACAGAGGAAAGCUGGCCAGGUAUAUCCAAUAAUGAUGAAUUUAGAUCCUACAUGUUCCCCCAGUACAGACCUCAACAACUCAUCAACCACGUGCCCAGGCUGGAUACUGAGGGGAUCGACAUGCUUACUGCUUUACUCCUGUAUGACACCAGGGCCAGAAACUCAGCUGAAGCAUCUCUAAGACACCCCUACUUCCUCAGUCUGGGGGAGGACAUCCACAGCCUUGCAGACACCUCCUCAGUAUUUUCCCUUAGAGAGAUUCAACUGCAGAAAGACCCAGGACACCGCAGUUCAGUGUUCCAGCCUCCAGGUCGGGGGAAGAACAGGAGGCAAAGCAUUUUCUAACAGAACACCCAGUGAUUGCAGACAGGAGAGACAUAGCCUCAAGGAGGAAGCAGCUUCAAGACAAUACAAUUGCCAAUUCCUACACAAAUACAAACACAGGUUUUACCAACAUCCAGGUUACAUUAGGGUCUAACCUCAGAAUUCACUCCGCUUCCCUCCCCCUACACCACAGAGGAUGGAUACAGGCAGGGUUUCUGAGAAUGAACAUUAAACAGUCCCUCACUCCCUGUAUAUCAGCAUUCCACAGUCAUGUGAGUAACACACUGGAUUCUGAGGACUAACCGUGUUGAAGCAGGUUAUUCCAUUAAAUGAGUCCUUUCGGUAUUUUAACCAGUUAUAUUAAGUGCCCUUUGAUAUAGAGACUUGCUAAAGAUGCCAAAAUGCAGCCUUUUGACAGGUCGCUCUGUGACAUCUAAAAAGAUUUUAACUCACGUAAUCCCACAUUUUUUACAAUUUCUCUCAUGGCUAUAAAGCAUUCCUGAAGAAUAUUUAUUUUGUGUGAUUAGUGAUUAAUAAUAAUAUAUAUAUAUAUAUUUAUUAUUUUAAGGUCAACCCUGCAACCUGAAGUCUUGUAUAAAAUGGUAAAACCAUUUAUAAGGGAGCAACUGAAGUCCAAGUCCAAAAAUGUAUCUAUGUACAUGAACCUCCCUCCAUGUUGGAUUGUCAGUCAAAGCACACACUCUCACUAAUGGAGAGCGAGGUAGAACAAGAAAGCAUGCGACUUCACAGGCUCAUAUUCCCAUCCUGUUCACUGCAGUGCUACCCCCACCUCCAUUGAAUAGAGCAAGAAUAUGAAAAGAAAUGUUCUGCCACAGCAAACAUAUUACAUUUGUGAAGUCUAGUUGAUUUAAAGACAUACAUUUUAUGGGAUACAUUUGGCUUUAGUUGUCACAUUUUUACUGUUUCAUUCAGACAGCCAUACCAAGCGGCAUGGCUUACAUGUAGUGGCCUAUGCUACAAAUCACACAAUUAGUGGAACUACACAUCAACACACCCACUAUAGUCUGUGAGUGAGAGAGGUGCGCACUUAGACAAGCCAACACAUAGUCAGUGAGGUGAAGGCACAGAGAUACAUCUUGGAAAUGUGCCGAUUUCUCUACUUAAAUGUUGAUUUAAAAAUAAACGUUGGACCUCUUUUAGUCAAACUUAAGGUUAAAAGCAGAGAUUCAAUGCUUCCCAACUAGAUCUUUUAUUUUAAAAAUUUUUGGGGUGGAAAACAAAGUGGGUUGGGGUAGAACAUUUUACCCAUAGACUGGUCUGAUGUUUUUUUAGCAACUACAUUGUUCUCUUUGGCAAUCUUUUCAAUACAUGUUUAACAUAAUGUACUGUAGAGGAAUAUUAAAGUUCCAGAGAGGGAAGUUCUGUUAAGCAGGCCUGUCAAUUGAGCAUGCAAUAGAGGUGAGUGAGGAGCAAGUGCUGGUCUUAAAUCCAACUGUAAAAUACACAGCAUCCUGGCCUCCUGAGUAAGAAUAUUUAAAUCCCAUCACUGGCACUGGCACUGUUACCAAUCACACACCACCCUCCGUUUCCUUGCACAACCUGCAAAUCACCACCAGAGGUCCUGUUUCACAUUCAAUGUUGGUAAUGUGUGCAAAUUGAAUCAAUACUUAGCAAGAGAGAUUUGAAUUUGGAACUUUGAUAUGCCUGGAAAAUACAUUGUGCUCAAUAUUAUACAUAAAGAUCUGCCAAGUCAUUUAUUUAUAUUCAUGCACAUGUUUUCAAUAAAUAUGAAUGUUGUAUUUUUGAUUAUUAUAGAAAUCAAAAUACUACUCGUAUUACAGAGCAAGCAAACACUAAAUAUGACACCAAAAUGAUUUGGAAAACCAACACUAUGAAGUCAUCAAUGCCAACUUUGAUUUCUCAACUAUACUUUUAGAUACAAAGUUAAUUAAAAAAUCCUUACUCACAAAUCUCAAAUCAUGUUUUUAUAUGGAAUCACUCCCUGGGAUUCACAGAGAGGGAUGGCAAUCUGUGUGUUAUAUUUUAAAACUUCCCCUGUAUUUUAUCAACCCCCGGAGAUGAAGUAUUACUGUACGUGUUUUGUGGUAAAUUAAGAUAUUUGAAAUACUGUACUGUAAUGAAAAGAAAUAAUAUAUAUGUACUUUAAAAAAUGUUUUCAUCUUUCUCAGUGAAAUGUAUGCCAGACAACAGAAGAGAUGACUAUUAAAUGACUGUAGAGUAUGUCUAAAUGUUUUAUAAAAGAUAUAAAGUAUAGUCUAUUUAGAUUUUGUAUAAAUGGUGACAUUCAAUAUUUUGUGUGAUUUGUCUAAGAUGCUAUUAUUAAAACCAGAAACUGAAUGUAUUGUGCCUGCAGAUAAGCCAAAAGUGAUCAAAUAAUAAAUUAAUUAAUAAAUGAUAUCACUCUGUAGCACUA